UGGAUUGCAAAUUCUUUCAUUUAGAAUGAUGAAUGCGUGACAUCACAAAUUUUGACGUCAGCACUUCUUAUCCAUAAAAUAAAAAACUCUAAUUAACCACGUGAUGUAAUCCAUGAUCCAACAAGUUGCUCCACUUGUGAUUAUUAUUUUCUUCAAUGGUGCAAUUUCCAAGAAACCAAAACUCAUCGAGAUAAAAUCACAUUGCAUAAUAAAAUACAUUAUCGUAAUUCUUUAAUUGAUUAAUUUACCCAAUUAUAUUUCCCAUGGGUGCAUUGCACCUUCUUCCACCCUUCUCUCUCCACUUUCUCUCUCUACACUAUAUAAACCCCAAACCUUGUGUCUGUCCAAAAAUUCAGAAAAAUCUUUUCUCUCUCUCUCUAGAAUUCUCUCUUUCGCAAUACUAAUCAAAACACCAUAUUAUUAUGUACCAGCCAAAUUAUAGUGAGUUAACGCCGGUAGAUUUACCGGCGGUGUACUGCCGGAGCUACAGUUUCAGCAGCCUCAUGCCUUGUUUAACGGAGACCUGGGGUGACCUGCCGUUAAAAGUUGACGACUCUGAAGACAUGGUCAUUUACGGCCUCCUUCGUGACGCCGUUACCGACGGAUGGACGCCGUUUAACGACGUUAAAACCGAGCCAAGAGAUAUGGGCUUGGCUGCUGCGGUGAGAACGGAAUACGUUGUGGUUUCUCCGCCGGCGACUGCGGCGGCGGCGAGGCCUAAAGGGAGGCACUACAGAGGAGUGAGGCAACGGCCGUGGGGGAAGUUCGCUGCUGAGAUAAGAGAUCCGGCUAAAAACGGGGCGAGAGUGUGGCUCGGGACUUACGAAACAGCUGAGGAAGCGGCUUUGGCUUACGAUAGAGCCGCUUUCAGGAUGCGCGGCUCGAAGGCUUUGUUAAAUUUCCCGCAUAAGAUCGGCUUGAAUGAGCCGGAGCCGGUGAGAAUUACGGCUAAGAGGCGGUCACCAGAGACUUCUGGUUCAACAGUAUCGGCUCUUACAUCCGGCUCAGAUAGUGGCAGCUCACCGAAGCGGGUGAAGAGAGAAGAGACGGCUGAUGGAGCCGAGCUGGAAGUAGAUAGUCAAUCUACUUUCGGCUAUCAAGUUGAGUGCCAAAUGACGUCAUUGCCACUUGGUGCGCAGUUAGUGGUGGCUUAAAAUAUGAGCUGGAAUUGCAAUAUGGCCUGUUUGGAUGUGUAUAUUAAACUGAAAUUUUGCCCCCACGCUUCUAGUGGGCUAAAAUGCGAACUGAAAUCAAAUGCGUACGUGUAAAUUGUGUGUGGUGUGUGAAAAAAAAAUAUAUGAAUAUUUCCACGGUUCAA